AUGAAUCCCAUCGAUCAGCACAAAUUAUAAUUUGUGCUCAAGGAUUGCAUUCUCAAAUUACAAUUUAUAGGAGAAAUCACGAGAGAUAAUGAUAUCUCAUCUGAAUUGGCAGGUUAUGAAUAAAGUAAAUUGCUAACCGAUCAACAAACAUUGGAAGUUAAAUAUGCAGAAUUAGUUGCCAAACGAAGCACAUUGGUAGGGAUCUCUAAUAGAAAAUAACUAACUGAAACUCAGAAGCACAUUUAGGAAGUAGCAUAAAGACUGAAAGAGAGUACAAAGAAGUUAUGCAGGUUAUUUAAAGAAAACCCAAAUAUAGAUUAAGAUUCAUUAAAAGUCUAUGAAGAGAGGGCAGGAUUGAUCUCAGACUUAGAAAAUCUCAAAACAUUCAUUUAAAACAAUCAAUUAAAUAAAUUUGCUCAAAAUGUUACAAAUAGUUUAGAAGAGUAGGAUUCAUUAAGAAAAUUCGCAGUGAGAGAAAAAGAAUUGGCUGCUGAAAUAAAGAAAUUGUAAAAUGAUAAAACUUAAGAAAUUAAAGAACAUGAACAUGAGAAGACUGAAAAAUAAAAGAAUAUUUAAUCAUUAAAAGAAAAACUAUUAUAUAAAACAAAUAGAGCUGACUUAAAAAAAAAGUAUGAUGAAAAGGUAGGGACUUCUAAAGAAAAUACUCAAAUGAGAGUGUUUGAAUUUGCUUUAAAGGAUAUUGAAUAAUAAAUUUUAAAUUUUACUACCAAAAUUGAGACAGAAGAAAAGGUUCAUAAAUAAUUAAAGGAUUACUUAAUUAGAAAAGAAGAAGAAUCAAAAAAGAAAACAGAUGAUCAAAAUAAGUAUAUGGAUGAGAAGAAAUAAGAGUUGGAAGAUAAAAUUGAGAAAUUGACUGAACAAAAAACUAUUAUGUUAAAAGAAUUAGAUCUACUGAACAGAAGAUUUGAAAAGGAAGAAUUAGAAAAAUAGGAACGUGAGAGAAAAGAAAUUUAAGAACAAGAAGCCAAAAAAUUAAGAGAAUUACAAUAAUUGCGAAUGGAAAAUGCCAUUAAAUUAAUUUAGAACGAACUAAUGGAAAGAAAAGAGUUAUAUGGUUUAGGUGCCAAAAAAAAGAAACCCAAAAAAGCAAAGAAAUGA